AUGGAUAGUGGUCGUAUGUACACUUAUGAUUACCAAAAACAAAAUAUAACUUGUAUAAAUUUGCAGAUUAUGUUGCAUGUCAAUGGAACUGUGGAUGAAAAAGGAGCCUGCAGUUGCUCUGUUUAUCUUCCUGAUAACAUUUUCCCAGUACAGAGAGUUGAACAGCUGGAGUUCACAUCUCAGCACCUCUAUGCCAGCAUGCAAACGGAAAUUGUCAAGAUUCAUGAAUAUGCAUCCAAAAUUGAACUGUAUGAAAAACAACUCCAGAAUAUCACUUUGACUGUAAGGACAAUGGAGGUGACCAACAUUUUUUACACUGAGCUGGACUUUGACCUCCUGAAAGUGGAAAUCACAGAGUUAGAAUCCCUGGUUGCUGAGCUAAAGAAAACAGUAAAUGGGAGCAGUGUCCUCAUUGAUCGCAUUUUCUUGGAGAUUGAAAAUAUAUCCAUUGCGGUGACCCUACUUGAAAAAUUUGAUAAAAAUAAUAUCCUUGAAAUACGCAGAGAAAUUGCUGCUCUGAGAAUAAAAUUGAAGAAAUGCGAGGAAGACAGAAGCCAAACAACAAAUAACUCAACAAAUCCAACAAUCGAAUAUGGAAGCUGCAACCACGGUGAACUUCAAAAUGUGAACAAACCUGUUGUAAUCCAAUUGAAUUGGAGAGGAUUCAGUUACAAAUAUGGUACUUGGGGGAAAGAUCCCAGUCCUCUUUCUGAAGAUAAGGAACUGUACUGGGUUGCACCAUUAGCAACCAAUGCAAGAUACCUGGACGCUGUUCGGCUGCAUAAGUCAUAUGAUGACUUAUUGCUCCAAAGAAAUUUUCAAACAUUUACCGUUUACCGUGGAACAGGUAGUGGAGCUGUAGUGUAUAAGAACUCCAUGUACUACAACUGCUAUGAUUCGGCAGAUAUGUGUAAAUUAAAUGUAUCCUCCAAAAGUAUUGUUGUCCGCAAAACACUGAUGAGAGCAACUUAUAACAAUAGGUUUUCAUAUUCUGGAGUAGAUUGGCAGGACCUAGAUUUUGAAGUAGAUGAGAAUGGCCUUUGGGUGAUAUAUUCUACUGAGGAAAGUUCAGGGGAUAUAGUGAUCAGUAAGCUCAAUGAAACUUCACUUGAUGUUGAAAAUACUUGGACAACUAACUUAUUCAAGCCUGCUGUAAGUAAUGCAUUUAUAGCAUGUGGCAUCCUUUAUGCGGUAAGGCCAAUCAGCACACGAAAAGAAGAAAUAUUUUAUACGUUCAAUACCAAAACAAACAAGGAAGGUAAGGUUAGUAUUAUAAUAGAUAAAAUACUGGAAAAAAUACAGUCUCUGACUUAUAAUCCUUCUGAACAUAAAUUGUACGUGUACAACGAUGGGUAUCUUGUUACAUAUGAUAUGACAUUUUCUCCUUUUGCUUAA